UUUCAUUACAACUUUCAAUAAUAAAAAAAUGUCAUUACAAUUUGACAAUCAUUAAUUAAUAAAAAGACCGCAACGAAGUUAUAAGGAUGUUGUUGGGAAGUUCCCUACAUUUAUUGCCCUGCUUCCAGAAUAAAAACCAUCACAGUCUUUAACCCUUCCCACCUUCUUUACACAGAAAACAACAUUUCCCCACAUCCCCAAAAAAAAAACAGGACAUACGUUUCUCCUCUCCCAAACACUUUCCCGGCCACAAUGUCCCGCCGAUCACCCGCCGCCUUCGCCGCGGCAAUCCUGUUAGCCAUCAUCUCCGCCGUCUCGGCCCAGACGACCAUGGCUCCCGGGCCAGCUCCCUACUACAACCCGACGAUGGGCCCCGCGUCCCCGGGAAGCAGCGGCGGCGGAGGAGGUGGAGAAAUGGCGCCGGCUCCGGCGGUGGACUGCAUGACGCAGCUGUUCAACCUGUCGGACUGCCUGUCGUACGUGACCACGGGUAGCAACCUGACCAAACCGGACAAACCGUGCUGCCCGGAGCUGGCCGGUCUGGUCGACAGCAACCCGAUCUGCCUCUGCUCGCUGCUCACCCUCAACGCUUCUGAUUACGGGUUCGACAUCGACAGGAAGAGAGCCCUGGGGCUGCCUUCCGCCUGCUCCGUCGCCACUCCUCCCGUUAGUUUGUGCCCAGGAAUUGGCGGAAGUCCGACAGGUGCACCAUCCCCAAGCCAGGGAGGAGGAGGAGCCGCCGUCGACGCUCCUGCAGGAGGACCGGUGAUGGGACCUUCACCGUCGAGCAGCGAGAACGGUGGCACCGGAACCGGACCGUCGGGCCAUGGCUCGCCAACGGCCAGCCCCAGACUUUCCACACAUUUACUAUUCACCACCACAACUUUGUUCCUCCUGUUUUCCACAUCCUUCUUCCACAGCCACUGAUGGAUGACUUAUUGGCUUCCACACUAUGCAAGUGUUCACAUUGACCCAAGUGCAUUGAGUCGUCUUCUUCGCUAUUUUCCACUACCCAAACUUUUCCACGAGUUCACUUUUGGCUCCAUUACUAUUAUUGAUUUGAUUUUGUAUCAUUGUAUUGUGACCUAUAUCUUUCAUCGUACGUGGCAUAUGUUGGUUUGGUCUUGUUGCUUGUCGUUAUUGUUGUAGCUAGUAGCUAGCUCUCCACCAUCAAUAAUUUUCUAGGAAAGUUCUCAUGAUUCAGUUCUUUUUCCCAUUUGUGACUUUUCUUAAUUACCAUAACAUGAACUCUCAAAUGUAUUAUUGGUACUUUUGUUAUUGGAAUUGGACCCACACUUUAACUUUUUCUCAUUCAAGAUAGAGUACAUGUUGUAACGGAUUUAAGAAAUC